AUGACUAAUAACAUAUCUCAAGAGUGCGCAGCGGGUGAUAGCCAUACUGAUAAAGAUGAAUAUUAUUCAGAUCAUUCAUCUCAUACAGAAUCCUCUAAUGAGGACUGGUCUGAUAAAAACUCCUCGGACAGUGAGUUUUCUGAGUCUUCUGAAAACCAAUCAUCGAACGUGGACUCGUCUGAUGAAAACUCCUCGGACAGUGAGUUUUCUGAGUCUUCUGAAGACCGAUCAUCGAACGUGGAGUUGUCUGAUGAAAACUCCUCGGACAGUGAGUUUUCUGAGUCUUCUGAAGACCAAUCAUCGAACGUGGACUCGUCUGAUGAAAACUCCUCGGACAGUGAGUUUUCUGAGUCUUCUGAAGACCGAUCAUCGAACGUGGACUCGUCUGAUGAAAACUCCUCGGACAGUGAGUUUCCUGAAUCUUCUGAAGACCAAUCAUCGAGCGUAGACUCGUCUGAUGAAAACUCCUUGGACAGUGAGUUUUCUGAGUCUUCCCAGCCCCAGUCAUCCAAUUUGUUAUCAUCUAAUAACGACUCCGAGUAUUCCCAAUUUCAAUCAUCAAGCAAUUUUUCCUCUCACGAGUCAUCGUCCAAUUCAUGCAGUGCUAACAUACAUAAUGACAACACAGAGCCAUCAACUCUACGAUUGAUGGACACUCAUUACAACGAAAUGCAGAAUGUCUCAGAAAAUCAAGCCACUGAACAUGAUGAGAGGCGUGUACUUCGAUUGCCAAUCCCAGAGACUGGGCAAGACGAUGGCCCAGACGAUGAUUUUCUCUUCGACGAAAUUAAUUGGUUGUCUGAUGAUGACGUGACACCUCGUGAAUUGUGA